AUAAUGACGUACAGCAACGCAAUCAACAUUUUCGACGGAACCGCGCGAAACGUCUGUAGAGCGUGAAAACAAACGUUAAAUGGUGUACCUCUUUAUUUCAGACGUUAAAGUAGUUAACAAACUACUCAGUCAGGUUUUCUGGUUUUGGGAAGUAAGACUACCUCCUAGCUGAACGCUGUCAGAUGAGCUGUACAACACUUCUAGUCAGUGCAGCCUCUUUUUACUGCCCUAGGCUGUUGUUGCUUGCCCCUGCUAACUAACGUUACACGCUGUGUGCAUUGUCCUCUUUGAGGCUUAUUUGUAGACAUGGCAAAGAUCAGCCCAACAAGCUGCAGUCAGAGUGGUGCUACUGACCAUGGAGUGGACCACGAGUUUGCGUCUCUGCCGGAGAAGUUACAGAAGAAGUUGAUGCCUUUUCAGCGAGAGGGAAUCAAGUUUGCACUGUCAAGGAAAGGAAGAUGCAUGAUUGCAGAUGAGAUGGGCCUGGGAAAGACCAUCCAGGCCAUCUCCGUGGCCUACAUCUAUCGGCAGCAGUGGCCUCUGCUGGUGGUGGUGCCGUCGUCGCUGCGGUACCCGUGGAUCGAGGAGCUGGAGCGCUGGGUGCCAGAGCUGCUGCCUGGAGACAUCAACCUGGUGGAGAGCAAGUCCGACACCACGGGCAUAGGCCGCAGUAAGGUGACUGUUCUGGGCUACGGGCUGCUGACCACGGACGCAUGCCACCUAGUGGAGGCUCUGACCAAGCAGAAGUUCCAGGUGGUGGUGGUAGACGAGUCACACUACCUCAAGUCUCGUAACGCAGCGCGGAGUAAACUGCUGGUACCCAUCAUCCAGAGCGCCAGCCGAGCCAUACUGCUGACCGGCACGCCAGCACUGGGCAGACCCGAAGAGCUCUUCAUGCAGAUUGAUGCCCUAUACCCCCGGAGGUUUGGAACCUGGUCUGAGUAUGCCAAACAGUACUGCAAUGCACACUACAGAUACUUCGGGGCGCGUCGUCAGUGGGACUGCCGUGGCGCCUCCCACCUGGACGAGCUACACCGCCGCCUGGGUGAGGUCAUGAUCCGCAGGCAGAAGGUCCAGGUGCUCACGCAGCUGCCCCCCAAAAUACGCCAGCGCAUCCCCUUCGACCUGCCCAAAGACGCCGCCAAGGAAGCGAGCACUGGUCUGGAGGAGUGGGAGAGACUGAUGAGAAGUGUGGACUCUGGGGCAGCGGCGUCUGAUAACCCCUUCGUGGAAGUCAUGGGUCUUAUUACGCGCAUGUACAAGCACACAGCUGUGGCCAAGGCUGGUGCUGUGAAGGACUACAUCAAGAUGAUGUUGGAGAAUGAGAAACUCAAGUUCCUGGUGUUUGCUCACCACCUCACCAUGUUACAAGCUUGCACUGAGGCAGUCAUCGAAGCCAAGGCUGGGUAUAUUCGCAUUGACGGAAGCGUUCCAUCAUCUGAGAGAAUCCAGCUCGUCCACCGCUUCCAGAAUGAACCGGAAACACGUGUGGCCAUCCUCAGCAUACUAGCAGCGGGACAGGGCCUGACGUUCACAGCAGCCACCCACGUGGUGUUUGCGGAACUCUACUGGAACCCAGGGCAGGUGAAGCAGGCGGAGGACCGCGCCCACCGCAUCGGGCAGACCUGCUCCGUGCAUGUGCACUACCUCAUUGCCAAGGGCACCUUCGACACAGUCAUGUGGGCCAUGCUCAACCGCAAGGAGACGGUGACGGCGAGUACCUUAAAUGGGAGAAAAGAAGUUCUGCAGGCCGACCUUGGCGACAAGGAGCAGUGGGACUUCCUGAACUUCGCUCAGGCAUGGAGCCCAAACGAGGCGCUGACCACGGGCCCAGCCGACGACAAAAAUGACGUCUUCUUCUCUCACUUUGAGAAGGACAAGCAGCACGACAUUCGCUCCUUCUUUUCUCCUCGGGCGGAGAGAGAGAAGAAGAGAAAGAGAGCAGGAGAGGAGGAGGAGAAGGAGUCGUCCACCUCCUCCCCCACCCCCGACUCCCCCUCACCCCUUGGGCCCCCCCCAGAUGACCCCCCCUCUACCACUACGCCCAAAGCAGACCGCGACUUUGCCCCCCAGGUGAAGAGGCUGCGUCAGGCCAGUCCAGUGGUGCGGGGCAGGGGUAAGAGAAUGUCCUGGGCGGGGGCAGGUAAGAGCAGUCCCCUGGCUGCCCUAAUGCCCCCCCGCAGGCUCUCAGAGGGAGGCUCAGGGCAGAAGCCAGGGCAGAAGUGGAGCUGCGGGGCAUGUACCUACGCCAACAGCAUUCUGCUGCCCUACUGCGAGAUGUGUGAGUCCCCACGGCCUGGACACACCACGGUCAUUGGGAGCUCCAAUACCCCCUCCUCCACCCCUCCAUCUCCACAGCCCACCGAUCAGGCCGCCAGUCCCAUCAUCGAGCUCUCCGACUCGGGCUCAGAGCCAGGAGACAGCCCCUCUCGUCCUGCGACCCCCACUAUGGGCAACGCUGUGGAGCAGAGGGGGGAUGGGGAAGGAGGUACACCCCAGGAAGCAUCGCAAGAGGAGUCCACCCCCCAGCGCAGCACAGAUGAGCAUCAGGAGAGUGUGUUGGAGGAGUGUGUGGGCGAUUGUGCUGACAGAACUCUGCCCCUGUACGAGAGCCUGAUGUUCAGCGCCAGCAGAAACACAGACAGAAUCUACCUCUACGACAAGGAUGGUGUUGCUCUUCACUGUAACUUUAUCCCUCUGGACAUCAAACUUGACAACUGGGAGGAUCUACCCCCAGAGUUCAGCCGAAGAGAGAACAGGAGACUGGUGCAGCGGUUUGUGCGUGAGUGGAGUUCUCUGACGGCCAUGAAGCAGAGGCUGGUGAGGAAGAGCGGAGAAGUCUUCCUCAGUCCCAUACUCCUGCUUGACCAACUUACCAGCAACCAGCGCAAGCUCAGCAGCACAAAGAGGUACCUCACCAAACAGGACGUGGCGCAGGCCUCCCUGACCAAGGGCCCAGAAGGACGGAGGCACGGUCCCGCGUUGUCAGCCCCGACAACUUCUUCGCCAAGCGGAGGUCCUCCAGCGCUGCUCUGCCCCGGCCCAGCGACACCAACGACAAGUAGGUCACCACAGCAACCGCCGCCACCCGCAACAGCGGAGGCCGAUGCCACUGCUGAUGCCAGUGUCAGCCCUGGCGUUGGCACGGCUGGCGAGGCCGGGUACAUGCAGGCGGUGGACAGCUCGGGCACCCCUCUGUGCCUGUCGUGCCAGCAGCCGUGUGGCGGCGGGGAAGGUGCCGGGCGGUUUUGCGGUCAGGCGUGCGAGGAGGAUUUCCGCGUACGGUCCAGCCAGGCCUAUAUGCGGGCGCGCGUGCUGGAGACGGAACAGGGCAUCUGCCAGAUGUGCGGCCUGGACGGCCACCAGCUGUUCCAGAGGGUGCUGGAGAACACCUGGCUGGCACAGCUGUCGCUUAAAGAGCUGAAUGAGAUGAUCCGUAACCCUUCAGAAGGCCAGUUCUGGCAGGUGGACCACAUCAAGCCCGUCUAUGGAGGUGGCGGACAGUGCUCACUCGACAACUUGCAGACGCUAUGCACCGUCUGCCACAGAGGGCGCACCACUCAGCAGGCCAGAGAGCGAAGCCACAUGAAGAGAGGCCAGGCAGCGCUGAAGGUGUCUUCAGACAUCAGCCGUUUCCUCGUCAAGAAAUAAACUUCAAAAACUCUUCCUCUCUCGGACACUGCUGCCACCAAGAUGAAGAGCAGAGAGGAAACAUUGGUUGUGUGUGUGUGUGUGUGUGUGUGUGUGUGUGUGUGUGUGUGUGUGUGUGUGUGUGUGAAGAUGAAGAAGAAACCACACUGCACAACAGGAGUCACCCUGAGAUCCACCUGAUGUCCACCUGAUGUCCACUUAAGAUCCACCCGAUGUCCACCUGUGACGCUCACUGGCGAUGCUCCCCUUUCGGCCCUCUCCUCCUCCUCCUCCUCUGCUGUAGAUCAGAGCUUCUGUCUCCAUCACAGUCACAAACACAAACACACACACACACACACCUUUUAUGAACUCUGAGUCUUUGCAUGCGUCAUACAUCCAUGCAUGCACGCUCACACACACACACACACACACACACACACACACACACACACACACGAACGCACGCAUCUGUUCACCAAGUGUGCAGUUUUAUGUCGCUGAGUUCUACUUUUAUCUAUUUAGUAUCUACUAUAUAAGACAGUACUAGCUGCUGUCUAGCUUUUAAUAUGAAUACAGUAUUAACUCUAGAACAACCAUUAAGUGGAGACGAGUGUGUGAUCCUCUAGCGGGAGGCGCUCAGAGGCAGUGGAGGAUUCUGGGAGGACGCGGGGAGCACGGGAGCGGAGCUGUGUGAUGCGUUUCCGCGGUUACUGAGACUGUUGGCGCUGCUGCUAUUUUAACUUGGGCAAACUUUGUGUGUGUCUGUGUGUGUGGGGGUGGGGGGGAUUUUAGAAAGUGAUAAAGCCUCAAAUCUCUACGGAAAUCACAAACUCAAACGCGCUCUCCUCUCCACCGCCACUGCAGCUAGUGUGCGUGUGUGUGUGUGUGUGUGUGUGUUGAGGGGUGUGUGUGUGUGUCUCCUCCUGUGUGCGGCAGAGGAGCGAAGUGUGGAGAGGAGAGAUGCGGCUUCCCUCAGCGCUGCCGCCACGUCUGAUGACUUCCCUCAGCGCUGCCGCCACGUCUGAUGACUUGAUUUGGGCGAAUGAAAGCGGAUAACCGGAGUUGACUGAAAUAAACAAAAAUUUGAGUGAUGUUGAAUAUU